AUGUUUCAACUGGAAGAGCAGUUCAAUGUAACUCGGGGGGCGACUCGGGCAGUGUUCAGCGGGGACGGGUCCCGCAUCGCGGUCGCUUGUGGCAGAAAGGUGAUAGUGAGGGAUUCCGAUGGCGGGAUGCAGGACCUGUCGUUACAACAUGCAGGCCCUGUCUCUGACGUCGCUUGGUCCCCCGAUGGGGAGUGUCUUGCGACCGCGGCAGACGAUUUUACAGUGUGUGUCACGCACGUCGCGUACGGACCCUUGCACAGACUCGCGUCGCAUACGGCACCUGUCGUUGCAGUGAGGUACAACUCUCGGGGGAACCUCCUGUACUCUGCGUCCCUCGACGAAAGUAUCAAAGUGUGGGACACACUCAGCGGUUCGCUGCUCAAGACUAUAUCUGCACACUCGGAGGCUGUCGUCGCAGUGGACUUGCCCCGCGGUGAUGACGCGGAUUGUUCCCUUCUCGCGUCAGGGUCGCACGACGGACUGAUCCGGUUGUUCGACAGUGUUUCGGGGCACUGUCUCCGCACGCUCACGUACGACAAGGACUGGCAGUUGGGGAAAGGUGUCGUUCCCGUCGUGCAGGUACAAUUUACACGGAACGCGCGGUUCCUCCUAGUGCGCACUCUAGAUGGAGCGCUCAAGCUGUGGGAUUGUGUCAACGGUACCGUAGUCCGCAGCUUCCCCUGGGGCACCGCUAGUUCCUCGCAAUUGACCCACGCGUGUGGCCAGGGGGUUCUCUACACUGCGGAACAACCCGUUGUGCUCGCAGGUGGAGAGACGGGGGAGAUCCACUGCUGGGAUGCACAGUCGAAACAGCAUGUCCAAGAACUACAACUCAGCGCAGCACCGGUUAUCAGCAUCGACUGCUGGGGGGACACCAUGGUCGCACUCACCCUCGACGGACAGUGUACCCGCUGGCGAUGGGUCCAAGUGUAA